UUUUCAAAAUUUGUAAAAUUGAGACCGUGCUAAGCGAGAUCAAAACAAACUGCGCCAGCAAAAAUAGAAGUUGUUGGAACAUGCUACGUCCUUGAAAACCAACAACCAGCAACCAGUCGUGUCAACUUACUUCCAUUGAUAACCAAUACUCUGUUUUGCUGCGAAUUCAGUAUGUAGUUGUUUUAAAUAAGUUUAUAAUGGGGCAAGGGAUUAGUACUUCUGGUGGUAAUCAAAUUCGAAGAGAUCGAAAUGUAAAUGAUCAGCACCAACAACAACAUCAGCAACAAAAUGAAAUUCCAUGGAGCAAUUUUCGUGACUUAAAAGAGCUUCCUCCAGAAAUAGCAAUAUCAAUUCUAUCAAAUUUAAAUGCUACCGAUCUAUGCUUGGCCUCUUGUGUUUGGAAGGAUCUUGCAGAAGAUGAUAUGCUGUGGAAAGGACUUUGCACCACAAAAUGGAGCUAUACAUCCUUGUACAAUCGUUUAAGCAAAAAAAGUUCUUGCUCAUCCAGAUUUGGAAAGAAGCCGGUUUACAAAACCCUUUAUCUGCUUCUUGAUGAAGCCACAUUGAUAUUUGCUUUUCGCCCUCCACAAGGCAUAAAGUAUCUUGUUGAUCAUGAAAUUUUACAAGAUAAUGCAACUGAGUUAGCAAAAUUUUUUGAUGGAACCUCAGCCUUGUACCCAAAUAGUAUUCAAGUAUAUAUGCAAGACAGGCAUGAUGUACUGGAUGAAUUUAUAAAAAUGCAGACAUUCACUGACUUGUCAAUAUGUGACGGAUUGCGGAAGUUCUUUAAGAAGCUGCCACCUCCUGAACAACGUGGAGAAUUCUUAGAUCUUCUUGUUGAAAAGUUUUCAUCAAAGUUUUACGAAUGCAAUCCAAAUUGUGGGUUUAACAGAGAUCACAUUGCAGUGUUGUGUUAUUCAUUGCUACUUCUGAGUGUUGAUUUGUACAGCCCUCAUGUCAAAAAUAAGAUGUCCAAGAGGGAGUUUAUACGUAAUAAUAGACAAGUGCUGAUGGAUGCAAAUCGUGAUAUGCUGGGAGACAUAUAUGAUGAUGUUUAUUUAAAUGGACAUAUUGUUCCACACAACAAGCAGAUUGGAACCACAAAGAAAAAACAUCGUUUUCCGUUCUAUAGGCCGUACGGCGCCAUUUUUGAAUUUAAGCCAAUCGAGUUGAAGUUAAAUUGCUCUUGUUAAUAUGUACAGUGGAUUUAUUUUUGCGUGUCAAUUUUUUAACAUGAUUUUUUCCCCCAAGUAUUUUUUUUUUUAAAUGAUGAAAGCUGGUCGAUUUGUGGAGAAGAGUUAUUUUGGCAUAAAUAAAGUAAAACCCUGGGUUUAUAUUGCUAGCUACCAUUGAAGCAAGUAUAUAGAAACCUGUGACAAAUUACAAAUAUAGAUUCUCGUUUUCAAAUUUAUGUCAGAAAAGUAUUAAAAAAACGAAAAACCGACGUGUUUUGUUAUCGCAAAUUAGUCAUGAAGAUUUUUCGAGAGAAUAAAUUUUGGAAAUUUGUCUCACAAAUAAAUUCUGUAAGGUAUGAGUUGCAGAAAAAUUUAGCUUUUCGAAAACUGAUCGUAUUUUCUGCGCUUCAUUCUAAAGUUAUUUUGCAUUAAUAUAACUUAAUAUAUGUUCGGUUAAGUAUUCGUAAAAUUUAUUUUAAUAGUUUUUUAAGUCAUGUGACUCUGUGUUGUUUUUAGUGUUUAAGCUAAAAUAUUUUUUUGUUACACAUAUCCAUUUAUCUAGUAGUGGUUUUCCACGUUAUUUACUUUUUGGAUAUAUUUUCACGAAUUGCACGAUUCACCAAAGUACAUAGUUCUCACUUAACGUUACUGUUUCGUAGAAAUUUGGUAAAUAUUUUUUGUUUUGGCAAAAUUAUCCAAUUUGCAUAAUAUAUCCAUAACAGAAUACACGUAACAACUGGGUGGUGUACAAAUGCUAAUACUGGUAAUUUAAGCUUUAAAUAACUUGGACCGCAUAAAUUUCGCGAACUUAGCGACAUUUUUAUUUUAACUUUUUUAAAAAAUGACUUGUUGACUUUAGGACUAAUUGUCGUCAUCGUCGUUUGUGCUAUUGUCGUCGUCUCUGUUAUAAUCGUCUAUGAUAUGUUGCCUUCGUUCUUCUUGCUUUCGUCAUCGUCGUUGUUUGUAUUUUUGUCGUCAUUUUCGUCGUUGUUCUCGUCGUUAGUGUUGUCGUUAAUGCACAUAUUUAACUUUUUUUUAUAUAUAACGAAUCCAUUUGAAUGAAUAGUUAAUAUAAUAGCUUCUUGUAAUUGAAUAUUAAGUAAGAUUCUGUACAGAUAAAUUCCUACUAAACA